AUGUACUCGAUAGAAUACAAGUAUCAGUUAUUGUGCAGCGAGGUGGGCGAAAACGUGAGUGUCACCGCGCUUUCGAGCGUGCCGGGUGGUUGGCGCGGACGAGCCGAGCAAAUCCGAAAUUUGCAGCAGAAAGUGUCGGAAUUGCAGGCGAAAUUAUCGGAACACGACAAAUGCCAGAGAGAUUCUUCCGCACCCCUCGAUCGACAAAAUCUGGCUAAUCUUCGUAUUGCCGAGAAGGAGAGACGGCAACAGAUCGAGAAUACGGCGAAGGAACUCAGACAAGCGGAAGUAGCACUGGAGACCUCGAAGAGGAAGCUCGACGCUUCUAAGGCGAGAAUAAGAGUGUUGGAGCACGAGUUGAAUGUCGCGAGGGGAAAUAUCGCAAUACUGAAUGAGAAACGAUCUCACGAUGAUCGUCUUAUCGAAGUGUUGAACGGGCGACUGAAGAUCGCCGAGGCGAGGCAUCACGAGUACGAGGUGGAGGUGCAGAACAAGGAACACAAGAUCGAACGUGAGAACGCGAAUAUCAAGAAUGAACUGCGAGCUACGCAAUUGCACGUCGAUCGAUUACGCAGGAGGCUGGAGGAACGCGAAACCGAAAUCGACAAGCUAAGAAACAACAUUGCGUCAGAUGAAUCUUUCAAGUAUCGAGACUCCCUCUGUUCAGACUCCCGGCAGCCCGAAGGACGUCAGGUUAGCCCACCUGUUAGUCCACGAUACUUGGGUGAACCCAAUGAAUAUGUGACCUUAGCUUUAGCCGCCGAAGCCGAACGCGUGAGAUUAUUGGAAUUGGUAACUUUGCUCAACCAACGCCUGGACAAGGAGAGAAACGAGACGCUUUCCCUCGAGGAAUCUUUGCGUAAAGAAAAAAGGAAAUGUGCGAAGUUGGAGUCAAAGUUGCGUGACUCGGAGAAGGAAAGGGUGGGACUCGUCAAGGUGGACACCGGUUACAAAGCGAGAUCCCGUGCCAAGUUCACGUCGAGUCUACAAGUGGACGAAGAGUUCAGCAACCCCGAGAAAGUGCGCUUCAGAAUCGAAUUGCUCGAAGAGGAGUGUCUCGCGCUUAAGGCCAGAUUAGAUACAGUACAGCAGGACAAAGCCAACGAUCUCGCCGUGUACAAACGAAUGCUCGAUCAGGCCAGGAAGGCUUUCAAAGAUGCGUGCAGAAAUAAAUCGUCAGCAGCCGGUGGGAGUCGUUCGACGAUAACUAUUUGACAACGAGAAGGGGCAAGAGGAUGAAACCGGCGGCGGAGGUCUUCGGGAAGGAAAACCGACGUGCUUAAUCGAAUCGUGUGGCCGCGUUGGAGAAACAGCGAGCCAAUUCUAAGGACAUUCGGCGAGGAGUUCGUUAAUCGAGCAGACGAGCGCCGUUUUCGACGGCGCGAAAGAAAACGGGGCCAGUCGCAGUCUCGCGAUCGGAGUGGAUGUAGCAGCAACAAAGCCGCGGCGUGAUGAUGUAACUAGGACACGAGAGAUAAGGUGCAACGCCUCCACGUAAACCCGCGUGACACCGUCGGAGCGAAACUCGUCGUUUCGUUUCCACCAUGCGUCGCGUCUCCGUCGUUGUCGUUCUCUUAACACCCCGUCGAUGUUUGCUCGGCCAACUCUGUCGUUUGCUCUCGCCAUUGAUAUCGCACUGGCGGCAUCGCGGCCGUAAAUUCAUCCUGUUUCUUCUCUACGUUUCCUGAUGUUACCAGCGAGAAGCUAGCAACACGCGACAUAUUCUCUCAAGCGCGCCGCGUUCGGAUCUACUUAUGAGAAGUUCGAAAGAUCCGGACGAUUGGUGGAUUCGUGAUGCC